UUACAAUGAGCUGCUCGUUUUUCUUGGAGUUUAUCCAUUUGAAAUUUUUGCAACUUGAGAUUUCUUCCUGAAAGGAUUUAUAUAUGUAUCUGCAUUACAUAAUUUAUGGACAAAUAGCAAAUAGGGCUGCUUUAACACAAAUGUUAAAGAUUUUUGGGCCACUCAGAUGGUAGAAAUGUGAUCUACAAACACAUGUAGGGGCCAGUUGAUGAUGUGUUGUCUGACAAAUCGGGGUGGCAGUGGGAUUAUCUGCCUUCACAGAUGUUCCUCUUUGGAUGAAAGAUAUUAUAGAAACCCAUGUUCAAAAAUUGACAGAAAUUUGCCAGUAGUAGGGAAACAAAUUAAUUUGGGACAGAAGGUCUGAGAAUUCAUUUAAAAAUGAGGUGCCUCAAAAUUAUACUAAAAAGAUAUACUCUAUCUUCCCUUUCUUAACGACAUCACUUCAUAAACACCAUGUGUAUGGCAGGCACUGUACAUAUGUGCAUAUAUAUGUGUCUGUGUGUGUAUAUAUACAAUGAACUCUGAUGGUGAAGUGGUUAAAGCCAUGAGCUGCUAACCGAAAGGUUGGUAGUCCGAAGCCACCAGCAGCUCCUUGGGAGAAAGAUGUGGCAGUCUGCUUCGGUAGAGAUUUACAGACUCAGAAACACUAUGGGGUCACUAAUAGUUGGAAUCGCCUUGACAGCAGUGGGAGGUAUAUGUAUAUAUAUAUACACAUAUAUAUACAUAAAUAUAUAAAUUAAUUUGCCCUCAACAACCCUAUGAGAUAGGUUCUAUUAUCCCCAUUUUACAGAUGAAGUAGCUUAGGCCCAGAGGUCUUCAAUAACUUGUUCACAAUCAUACAGCUUGCAGGUAGAAGAUCCACAAUCCAAAAACAUUUGCCUGUUAUCUAAGUCCUUACUCUUAGGCACAGACCCAUACACAGGGGUCAAAAUCCUAUCAAUGACAUAUUUAAAUUUCCACAGCAUUUUCCAAAAGAGGCUUUACAAACACUGUUAUAUUUUCUUUCAAAGAGUCUGAUGGGUCACUAAUUAAAGGUGUAAUUAUCCCCUUUUACAUGUGAGAAAAUUGACACACAGAUCACUGUUGCUACCUAGGGGCAAAGUUAGCCAGGGUGAUUUCCUGUAACAUGCUCCCAUAUUUCCCUCUCUUCUGUGUUCAGUGUGAGCAGAAGGUGGUUUAUUUCCAUAGAAACUGGAAUAACAACUGACCUAAAGAUUUAUCUCUUCUUCCCUUACAGAUCCCAGGAUCACUAAUGCAAUGGCUGAGAGAAGAAACAGUACAGUUACCCAGUUCAUCUUCUUGGGAUUCUAUGAAUUUCCGAAGCUCACCAUUGUCCUGUUUUCAAUAUUCCUAGGGAUCUACCUCCUGACAGUGACUUGGAACUUGGGCCUCAUCACCCUCAUCAGAAUGGAUUCCCAUCUGCACACACCCAUGUACUUUUUCCUCAGUAAUCUGUCCUUUCUGGACAUCUGCUAUGUUUCCACUAUAUCCCCCAGGAUGCUCUCAGACUUCUUCAAGAAGCAUAAAUUCAUCUCCUUUGUGGGGUGCACCAUGCAGUACUUCUUCUUGUCUAUCCUGGGUCUGACUGAGUGCUGUCUUCUGGCAUCCAUGACUUAUGAUCGAUAUGCUGCCAUUUGUAACCCUCUGCUCUACACAGCCAUCAUGUCCCCAACCCUCUGUCUACAGAUGCUGGUAGGAUCUUGGAUAAGUGGAUUCUUUGGCUCAUUUACCCAACUAUGUGCCUUACUUCAGCUCCAUUUCUGUGGACAAAAUAUCAUUAACCAUUUUUUCUGUGACCUGCCUCAACUGAUGAUCCUAUCUUGCUCUGAUACCUUUUUCUUACAAGUUAUCUUCUCUGUGCUUACAGUGAUCUUUGGACUGACUUCUGUGCUGGUUAUCAUUAUAUCCUAUGGUUAUAUUGUCGCCACCGUUUUGAAGAUCACUUCAGCUGAAGGCAGGUCCAAGGCUUUCAACACCUGUGCUUCUCACCUAAUAGUAGUGAUCCUCUUCUAUGGCUCAGGCAUCUUUGUCUAUUUAUGGCCCAGCUCUGAUGGUUCCCUUAGCCAAAGCAAGUUUGCUUCUGUUUUAUACACUGCAGUCAUUCCCAUGUUAAAUCCACUGAUCUAUAGUCUCAGAAACAAGGAAAUCAAAGAUACCCUAAACAGAUGGAAAAAGAGAAUUUUCUCCUGA